AUGACUGAGCCAGAAGAUCUUGAAGAGGACCUCUUUGCCGAUCUUUAUGAUGGGGACGAUGCUACAGCUCCAGCCACCCUAGCCUCCUCCAAUAACAAUAUUGCUCCUAACAAGAACCCCCCGGCGCAGAGUUUCUCAGCUCCUGAAGAAGAAGAACCUGACACCACAUAUGUGCCUCCAUCAUUUGAGCCCGUCGAAAGCCAUCAAACAAAUGGUAGGGAUGCUCAAAAUGGCGCAGCUGGGAUCAGUGGUGGGCGUGGGCAAGAUCGCGACGAUGUCAGCAUGAACAAUGAGCCUUUUGGUUCUGGGAUUAAGGAAGACGGAAAAAUGUUUAUUGGAGGGCUUAAUUGGGAAACGACAGAUCAAUCGCUACGUGACUACUUUUCUCAGUUCGGCGAGGUUGUUGAAGGCACGGUUAUGCGAGACGGAGCAACAGGACGUUCACGAGGCUUUGGCUUCCUGACCUUCCGUGACCCCAAAACGGUGAAUACCGUCAUGGUGAAAGAGCAUUUCCUCGAUGGCAAGAUAGUAAGAGCCUCUAUUUCUGAUAAGCCCCUACUUUCCCCUUCUAAACACAAUAUUGCUGCUGGUUCUCCUCGUUCUCCUCAUUCACGCAAAGAGGAUCCCAUUCCCCUCUCGACCCCUACAACUGGAGAUUCUGGUGCAGUUGGCUUACGAGAGAAUGUGAAGAUCGAUCCAAAACGCGCGAUCCCCCGCGAUGAACAGGAGAAGACGUCCAAGAUCUUCGUUGGCGGAGUCAGUCAAGAAGCUUCGGAGCAGGAUUUCAAAGAAUUUUUCCAGCAAUUCGGCAGAGUUGUUGACGCCACGCUGAUGAUGGAUAAGGACACCGGUCGACCACGAGGCUUUGGGUUUGUCACCUUCGACAGCGAAGCCGCUGUCGAGAAGUGUCUUGAUCAGCAACCCCUUGAGAUCCUUGGCAAGAUGAUUGAGGUCAAGAAAGCUCAGCCACGCGGUAAGAUGGGCGAAGAAGAAGACACUAGAGGCGGCAGAGGACGAGGCAAGUUCAGUCGAGGAGGGGACGACCGCUACAAUAAUGAUGGUGGCAGUCACUCCCAGCAAGGUGUUCAAAAUACUCAGCAAGCCCAAAAUUCCAUGGCCGGCGCUACCGCAGGAGGCAUGACACCACAGAUGAUGGCUCAGUACUGGCAACGUAUGCAACAGUACUUCGCAAUGAUGCAGCAGCAGAUGGCUGCCUCGGCGAUGCAAGGCGGUAUGGGAGGCAUGGGCAUGAACCCGCAGAUGAUGGCCCAGAUGCAGCAGAUGCAGCAAAUGCAACAGAUGCAAAAACAGAUGCAACAGAACCAAUCACAAGGAAGUAUGAGCCCCGCUCCUCAAAGCCCUGGAGCACAAGGCCUGGGCGGCAUGGGCGCUGCCAUGCAAGGCAUGAACCCGCAAAUGCAGCAAAUGAUGCAGAUGAUGCAAUCUCAGCAGCAGCAAGGCGGCGGUAUCGGCGCAGGCGCAGGAUUUGGCAUGGGAGGCGGCAUGAGUCCUGCCGCACCUCCUGGAGGUGCACGACCCGGCUUCAACGCUCAAGAGCAAAUGGCUUUUGAACAGCAGAAAUACGAACAACAGAUGGCUCGUCAGCAAGGCGGGUUCCAAGCCCACAACCGUCAACACCACGGCCCGCCCGCUAAUUUCAACCAACAACAACCGCAGGGUGCUCCUGGUGGCCCGACAUCAUGGGAAGGCAUGUACGACGACGUCCCUCAGCCCAACGCCGGUGGUAGAGCAAGCGCCGGUGGUGGUGUAGUCAGGAAUUUGACGCCAAUGAACGGUAAACCUGGGGGAGGAGCGCCAAAGGGGCCUGGCAGCGCGGUUGGAGCGGCGAAUUCUCCUCAACCGAGCGCUGCGCCUGCGAAUGCGCCGACUGGGCCGAAGAAUGCUGGGAAGCCUGGUGCAAAUUUUAGGGGCGGAAGGGGUGGCGGGAGGUUUCAUCCUUAUGGGAGGUGA